AUGGCUCCGAAGAAAUGUAAAUGCAACGGGAAUGUGGAAGCGCCUCCUUGGCUGGAAACAAUGUUCAAGCGAUGGGACGACUACCUUUCCAGGUUUGACCGCUUGUACGACUUAUUGUUCGCUAUGCAAGAAUCUCAAAACGCAAUCCUUAGAAAGAUUGAAAUGCUUGAAAAUCGAUUCCAAAACGAUAGAUCUACCAAUGAGUUUUCUCGUAGCGAGCUGUAUAGUACAUUAGUCAAAUUUAAUGCUGACUCAAGAAAUGUUGCCGACAAACAGUGCAAGAUCGUGUGGUAUGGCAUCGAUGAAGGCAAAGACGAGGCUGAAACUUCGGCCUUUGACAGAGAAGCCUUGAACGAGGUUGUUAAUUCUUCUUGUGAUGAUGAACUGGUCAAAGAAUGGAGAUCAGACAAUAGGUGCAAAAUUUUGUUAACGGGAGAUUUCAAUUUCCCCUAUAUAGAAUGGAGUUCUCUCAGACAUCGUGGCGGCCUACACACACCAUCUUCGUCAGCUUUCCUUGACUUCACCACCGCUUUCAAUCUCCAACAAGUAGUUAAUAGACCUACUCUUGGUUCGAACACUCUUGAUAUUGUAUUAGUUUCGGAUAUUGAUAUGAUUGAUUCAACCUCAUUGUUACCCCCCUUCAGUACCUCUGACCAUUGCUGUAUUACAAUACAACUAUCUCAGUCUACGCGUAUCCACUCCGAUCCCUUCGUCCCUCAUCUAAUUUUUGCCCGGGCGGACUUUGAUAGCAUAAUUCAACACUUGCUCAGCAUCGACUGGGUACCGCUUAUCAAUUAUUGCACGGUGAACGAGGCCUACUCUCGGUUUGUCGCCACAUGUCAGUCCCUGAUCCAUAAGUAUGUUCCAAAAUCUCGAUCCGAAACUAAACGUAUAUUCUCUACUAAGAAAAUACAACGUUUGAGAGCAAAAGUGGAUUACUAUCAUGCGAACAUAGAGCGUUUCGGACGCUCCAAAUUUGCUAAAUAUGCUCAGAAACUCAGACGUGAAACAUUUCGCUUAGCAGUUGCUGAAGAAGAAAAAUUGGCAAAGGCUAAGAACUUGAGGCAUUUCUUCAGUUACUGCAACAAAAGGCUACAAGUAUCUGAGGAAAUCCCCGAUCUUGUUACUAGCGAAAGCAAUGAUAGACCGGCACGAAAAGUUCACAUGGUUUCAAAGUUGCUUUGA